AUGCUUUUUAGUACUAGCUUAUGAAAAUCGUGAAUAGGAAGAAAUUUUAAAGUUCUUGAGGAAUAUUAGAAUUAUCUUUCUGCGACAAAAAAUUGCGUACGAAAAGGAAAUUGGAAAGUGUGAAUAGGUGCUGAAAGUUGCCUCCACAUUUUAAACUUUGAGACAAUUUUUCUGUAAAUCCGUGGUCACAUUUAGAUUUCGUCAUCUCGUGUUCUUAUCCACUGCUGCAUCUCUAACACGCGAGACCGGUGUGGUGAAUAAUUUAUAUUUGAGAUCUUGUCCUGUACAAAGAAAAUAUUAGUCAAUUCUCUUCAUUCUCCAGUUAAAACAAUCAACUAAAAAAUAAUGGCCGCUGCCGCAGCUCGUGCCGUUCAGGCCGCAGUGAAGAAGGUGGUUCCCCUUUUCGAUAGAGUGUUGGUGGAAAAGGCGGAAGCUGUGACCAAGACCAAGGGCGGACUUUACAUUCCUGAAAAGGCACAAGGAAAAGUCGUCACUGGAACAGUCGUAGCCACAGGUCCUGGUCACAGGAAUGAGAAAGGCGAGACUGUGCCUGUUUCCGUUCAAAUAGGCGACUCUGUUCUUCUUCCCGAGUAUGGAGGAACGAAGGUCGAGCUUGAAGACAAGGAAUUUUUCUUAUACCGAGAACAUGACAUUUUGGCCAAAUUGAAGGAAUGAAGUAUCUUCUCAAUAUCUACUCUUCUGAUCAUUCAGCCAAAACUUGUGGAAUAUUCAAUGGCCAUAUGAAUUUAAAAAACAACAUAAUAACAAUAGUCCAAGCAAUGUCAUUACAUUGUUGUCUCGAAGUUGAUUAGUCAUUUAAUUCAGCAACGAGACAAAAAUUAAGACCAAUUUAAGAUCACCACUUGAUAAACAUGGCUGUCUCUGUAGCUCUUAAUAAAAUCUAGUUUUGUUAAAAUAGAUGUUUUAGCGAUUAAGUUUGAUACCGAUGAAUGUGUUGAAAGUCGUUUCUAAAAUUAUUGUCCUCAAUCAAUAAAUUCAAUUAAUAAUUAUUUCAA